AUGUCUUCAGUUCCGCCGGGAGGCCUAAUUCUCGUUACUGGGGCUAGCGGCUACAUUGGAAGCGUCACUGUCCAAGUGUUCCUGCAACGCGGCUACCGUGUUCGUGGCACUGUCCGCUCCGUUGCCCCGAAUGCCUGGAUGAAGGAGUAUUUCGGUCCCAAGUUCGAACUUAUUGAGGUGCCUGAUCUUAAUGCCCCUGAUGCUUUCAACAAGGCGAUUGAGGGUGUGGAUGGCAUUGCACAUAUCGCUAUGGACAUGGGUAUGAACCCGCAAAACCACGCCAUCAUCGAAAACACGAUCAAAUCCAAUUUGCAACUUCUGAAGGCCGCUGCCAAAGAGUCCAGCGUCAAAAGUGUUGUGAUAACAUCGUCUCUGGCUGCGUGCGCCCUCCCCACAACCGGCACUCCUUACAAGAUCGCCAUUGAGCAAAUGGUCAAUCCCUGGAAUGGUGAAGGCAAUCCCCGUUGGCACGGAAUUGUUCUCUACGGAGCCUCCAAGGCACGUGGUGAACAAGAGGCAUUUGCUUGGAUGCGCGAGCACAAACCUGCUUUCUCCUUCAACACAGUUGUGCCGAAUGUGAACUUUGGCACUGCGAUAUCCCCUGAGAACAUGAGCUAUCUCAGUACUUCAGCGGUGAUUGAUGCUGCCGUUAAAGGUUAUCCUUCAGCGCCGUCGAUAUUACCACCUCAGUGGUACGUUGACGUUGAGGAUACGGCACUGCUGCACUUGGGCGCCCUAACACUCGAUGAUGUGAAUGGCGAGCGCCUACUGGCAUUCGCAGGGAAAUAUUCGUGGACACAGAUACUUGAGAUCCUUCAUAAGCGGUAUCCAGACAAGGUUAAGCUGAAGUCAGUUGAUGAGCCAGUUGUGGACGCCGGCGAAGUGGACAAUGAGCGCAGUAUCGAGGUACUGAAGAAGAUGGGCAAGAAGGAAGGAUUUACAUCUUUGGAGGAUACUCUGGUCAAGGCUGUGGAUACAAUUCUUUCAAAUCAGUCCAAGAGUGUGCCUAGAACGAGGAUAGAUCUUUAUUACCAUUCACUCGCCAGCGCACCUGCUGGGGAUAAUUGA